UAAAUUUUGAUAGUUUUCUGAGGAUUUCCAACUUUUGCUUUUCCACUAUGAUGGUCGGACAAGUGAAUGGGAUGAAUUUGAGUGGUCAAAGAGCGCAAUCCAUGUUAGUGCAAGGAGACAAACAAAAUGGUGGUAUGCAAAAAGGCUUUUGCAUCCUGACGUUGUUGCAGCUUAUGAGUAUAUUUUUAUUUGGGAUGAAGAUCUUGGCGUGGAACACUUCAACGGGGAGAAGUUUACAGAAGAGAAACCUGGCUGGUGCAGUGAUCCACAUGUGCCUCCAUGUGCUACGGACCCGGUUGAGAUCCCUUGGGGCAAUUAUGGGGCUGAGUAUAUUGUUGAAUCUUCUGGGGUCUUCACAACAACUAACAAGGCCUCAGCUCACAUAAAGGGAUUGAAUUUAAUGAGGUGACAAUAGGAAGAGUUGAAACCGAGGGACAGCAUGCUGAACAAUGGUGAAUAGUAAAGAUGAUGUAUGCAAUGUAUCAGAUGAACAAUCAAAAGUACAGAAAUUGGGACCAAAAUCAGACCUUGAAUUAAAACCAAGAUUAUUGGCAUAGGUGAGAUGACUAUUUUUCCAUCAGAUUUCAAACAUUUAUAGCCUUUAUGAAUAAGGUUGUAUUCUACAAAAACACAUUUGGCUGAAUGAAAGAAGAAAUUUAACUUAGUUUAAAAUUUUAAACUAGGGAAUUGAAGUUUAGAUUGUUAAUCUGUGAGAUAUUUGCUUUUCUACUCCAUCAAUUUGAUUUUGGUUUGGUGCUGCAGUACGUUCUGUGAACUUUGAGGAGUAGUCUUUCUUUUCUAUUGCCAUUUCAUAAGUUUUUGUCACAUAUUGUAUACCCCAGAAUAAUUAUAAUUUAUUUGUAAUAAUUUAGUUUCUUGCUUGACUUA